AUGUCGUUGAUAGAAAGAUCAAGGAUUAUAUUAGAGGAGGUUAAAGCCAGAGAACAAGAGAUUAGGUUAAUCAUUAAAGAUACAAAUUAUGAAUUUGGAAUAAAUUUAAAAGAUGCAAUAAAUAAGUUAGAUAAAAUAUUCUCUACUUUGGAUGGUAGCCAGUUACAAAAUACGGAGUUGAUUUCAAGAAUUUCAAUGCUUUUAAGAAGGAUGGUGUUAUAUUCAGAAAUUGGAGAUAUUAUUUUAGAGAGGUUUCCUGUUAUAAUUUUUGGUUUAAUUGAAGAUGUUUUUAAAGAUGGGAUAGAAUAUAAAGAACAUGGUAUUCUUGAAACAUCAUAUAUAAGUAGGUAUUUAUAUUUGAUGGUUUCUUUGUUGGAUUUACCAUAUUUUGUUGAUAGCUUUUCUUUAUUUUGGUGUAAAGAAGAAGAUAGAAAAAGAGAAUUAUUGUUAUUACUAGAAAGUGUAGCGGAAUUAUUGUCAGGGUUAGGAAAAAUUGAAGAACUAAAUAAGGAAGAGAUUUUAACUAAAGUGAGAGAUUUAAUGACAAUAAACUUACUAUGGGAGAGAGUUGUUCCUGUUAGAGAAUACUUGAAAGUAAAUCACAAGCUUUAUGAAAUUAUAGAGAGAUUUAUGCACAAUCUUCAAAAUUACAAGGAAUUGAAUAAAACUAUCAAGUAUUUGUUUUUAAGACUUUAUUCAAAUGUAGUUCAAUUGGGAGAAGAAGGUAAGAUUAAGCUUUAUCGGCAAAAUGAUGUUCAAGAUUUAUUAAUUUCAAUCCAGAUUAACCAGGAAUAUGCUGAUAAAGAUCAAAUGGACUUGUAUCUGCAAUAUUUUAUUUUUAAUAAGCCUCAUUUAACUGCUUUUAGUUUGGUAUUUAGUAAAUCUAACAUAGAAGUAAAUGGUGGUUUUAAAAAAGAUAUACGAUUCAAUCAGGCAACACAAAAUCAAAUAAUUACAACAAGUUUCGAUGAAAUGGACUAUAAAACUAAAAAUCAAGCCAUUAUAGAAAAUAAAACCAUAAAUAGAAAAGAAAGUACUAUUUUGGAUAUUUAUGAUGAAGAGGUAAUCAGUAAUUUAAAGGAAUUGGCUCUUUCAAGUAUAUUAACAAGAAGUUCAUUAAUAUUUCUUGAGAGUAUUAAUAAUGGAUUACAAAUUUAUUUUAAUCUGAUUGAUCAGAUUAAAAUAAGUCAUUUUGAGAACAAACAUCAGUUUAAGAUUGUUAGACUGUACUUGGAUAAUAGUGUGGAUAGUAAAUCUUUGUUGGGUAAUUGGGUAGUUGGAGAUAAACCAGGAGAAUUUAAAUGGGAAUAUGGAAUUUUGUCUUUAUGUCUAAUAAAUGGUGAUUGGUUGCUUAUUGAAAAUAUCCAAGAUGCACCAAAGGAUGUAAUUAUUAAAUUGAAUGAAAUAUCAGAAAAAAUCUGUCAACCUUUUGUAAAUGGGUGUAAUAUUACUCAAACAAGAAUUCAAGAAACCCAUUAUUUCGAGUUAAGUGAAUUUAACCGUAAGAUAAAAAUACAUCCAAAUUUCCGUAUAUUUGCCAGUUGUGUAUUCUCAAACUCAAAAAAUCAUUUGAAUAACAAUAAUUACAUCAAUAAAGACAAAAAUGAAAAAUUGGAAAUAAUUAAUCCUAUAGAAUACAUAAAUGCUGAUGUUUUGAGACUAUUAAACAAUGACAAAUGGAAUAUAUGUAGUAUCCCUACACCAACAAACAAAGAAUUAAGAAGAGGAAUUGAAACAAAUUAUGAAAAUUUAUUUCCAAUUAAGGAGGAAUUAUUAGAAUCUUUUACUAAUUUGGUAAGUUUUAUGAACAACCCAAGCAACUUUUCUGAAAAUAGUAUAGCAAAAUCUUUGAAUACAAGAAAACCAUCUUGUAAUGAUUUCUUUAAAGGUUGUGAAAGCAUUUCUAAGCAAUAUUUUUUCGAAAACAAAGAUUGUAAAAAUAAUGGAGAUAAUAAAAACUUUACAUUUUUGAAUGAAAAACUCAGAAUGAAUAUUUCAAUGCUUUUUGGUAGUAUUUUAGUGGAUCAUAUAUCACUUAAAGGGUACCGUAAUCAAUGCCAGGCUGAAAUUUCAAGAUCUUUUGGAAUUAACAGUAAAGAAUCCGAAUAUUAUCUCAAAAAUGGAAAAUUUGAUAUCCAUUUUAUUAAUAAAGGAGAACAAUCAAGAAAUAUUUCUUCCAUUAACAUUUUAAACAAAGAAUUAAACAUUGAUAUUAAUAUUAACUUACUUAGAGAAAGUUUUAGAAACUCUGUGGAUCCUUCUUCCUCCAGAUUAGUACUAAAAACAACUCAACAGGAUGAUUAUAAAUAUCUAAAUUAUACUUUUACAAGCAUUCAUUCAAAAAUAAUGUUUAAAAUAAUUAUGUCAAUUUACAAUAAUGAAAAUAUUUUAUUAGUUGGUGAUACCGGUACUGGUAAAACUACUAUUAUUCAGCAAUUACAUUACAUGUUAUAUGGUACUAAUAAGAGUUAUAUAAACGAACAUUUAGAAGAAGGAGAGGAUAAAUUUUGUGAAUUAUUAGUAUAUAACUUUAAUGAACAAAGUGAGAGUAGUGAUAUAAUUGGAUCUUUUAGACCAAUUAAUAUUUACAAUGAAGUAAAGUUACUUUAUGAUGAUUACUUGGUAUUAUUGGAAAAAAGUAACAUCAGUAGAAAGAAGAAUGAAACAAUUAUUAAUUAUUUAUUAUCGCUUUUAAAAGAAAGAAAGUGGGAGAAGUUUAUUAAUAACUUGAUUAUUAUUAUUGAUAAGUUAUUAAGUGAGUUUGAUAAUAUAUUAAAAAAUCAAAACAGUAAGAAAAUCAAAGAAAAGGAUGAGGAGGAUUUGGAUGGUAAAGACAAUAAGAGUAAAAUUGAUUCUGAUAUUACUAAUCAUGAUAAAAAGAAGGUUAAUAAGAGAACAGUAAUUAAUAUAGAAGACAUAUGGACCUUAAAGAUUUACUGGAAAGAUUUAAGACAAAAGUGUCUAAUAAAGUUGAAAGAUAGUAGAAUAAAGAAUAGUGAGAAUGAGAGACAAAAACAUUACUUUGAGUUUUUGGAUGGUAUUUUAUUAAAGGCAAUUAAAGAAGGCCACUGGCUAAUUUUGGAUGAGAUUAAUUUGGCUUCUAUAGAUAUAUUACAGAGACUAAUUCCAAUAUUAAAUAGAGGAAGCUGUAGAAAUCACCCUCCUGAAAUUGAAAUAAUUUGCAAUAAUACCAAUUUUGGGAAAAAAAAUCGAUCAAAAACCCAAAAUAACAAAACAAAUGAUUCAGAUUACCUAAUCAUACCAGAAAAAGGAAAUGAAAUGAUUAAAAUACAUCCCAGAUUUAGGCUAUUCUCUUGUAUGAAUCCUGUUUCAGUUCCAAUCGAACAAAAAGAACAGACAACCACUAGUAAAAAAGAUGAAUUUCAACUAAUACAAAUAAAAUCCACUAGUGGUAAAAAGGAAUUACCCCAGCUAAUUAGAGCUCUCUUUACGGAAUAUUUUGUGGAUGAAUUAACUGAAAGAAAAGAUUUGGAGGAUGUUGUUUAUAAUUAUCUUAAAGAUGUUUUACUUACAAAUCAAAUUAAUAUUUCUACAUUGGUGGACAUUUACUUGGAGCUUAAAAAUAUGGGAAAUAAGCAUGAAAUUACUAUAGGACUAGAAGGAAAUGGACAUGGGAUUCCAAAUUUCUCACUUAGGACUUUUUCAAGUUGCCUGAGCUAUAUUCGAACAAUAUUAAUGUUACAAGGUAAUUGGAGAAGAAAUCAGAAUAAACUCAAGCUUUUAGAGUUUAUUGGAGAAGAUAACAAAGAGAAAGAUAAUAUUCAUGUAAAAAAUGGGAAUUCUAUAAUACAAAAUGCUAUAUUAAAACAAGAAAUUUCUGAAAUAAUACAUAAUGGUGUAAUGAUGAGCUUUGCUACUCCUUUAGUUAGUGAUUCUUACAAUAAGGUGGAUAAACUGACUAGGAGGAUUUUAAAAAUGAGUUUAAAAGAAGUUUCAAAUGGUAAGAUUUCUUCAUUUAUAGAAUCUGGAGGGAAAAAAAAUGUUGAUAUGGGUUUUGUUUCAUUCUCAGCUCCAAGAUUAGGUUCUGAUGAAAACCAGUUACUUUUAUCUAACAAAGUAAAUUUUAUUAAUUAUAUAUUAAUAACUGAUUAUAUAGUAAGAAUGGGUAUUUAUAAUAAGAAUUUCAAAUUGAGUAAUGUAAUUAGUAAUGAUUUUGUAAUAACUCCAUAUGUGGAACAGAAUCUCAGAAAGAUAUUAAGAAUUUUAUCUGGGUCAAGAAACCCUAUAUUAAUAGAAGGAGAGACUUCUACAGGAAAGACUUCUUUAAUAAAAUAUGUAUCAGAACUAACUAAUCAUAAAUUUGUUAGGAUCAAUAACCAUGAACAUACAGAUACAGAAGAAUAUUUUGGAAAGUUUGUACCAAAUAGUCAAGGAGAGUUGGAAUUUGUUGAAGGUCCUUUGGUUAAUUCUAUAAGAAAUGGAUACUGGUUAGUAUUGGAUGAGUUAAAUCUUGCUCCUAGUGAGGUAUUAGAGUCUUUGAAUAGACUAUUGGAUAGUAAUAGGGAGAUAUACAUUCCAGAGACAGGAGAAAUAAUUAAAGCUCAUGAGGAUUUUAUGUUAUUUGCUACACAAAACCCAGCUGGGAGUAUAUAUGGUGGAAGAAAAGUACUUUCUCAGGCUUUCAGAAACAGAUUUGUAGAAAUUUACUUUGAUGAAAUUCCAAGCAAGGAGCUGGAGAUUAUUAUUUCUAAAAGGUCAAAUAUUCCAGUUUCAUAUUCUCAAUUAAUGGUUAAAGUAUUUAUGGAGUUAAAAACACAUAGAUCCAAAUCCCAAAUGUUUUCAGGUGAUUUUAGUUUUGUUACUGUGAGAGAUUUAUUGAGAUGGGGAAACAGGCUAGUAUAUAGUAAAAAUAAUAUAUUGGAUAAAAAGAACUUGGUUAUACAAGGGUUUUAUGUAAUUGGUGAGAGAAUUAGAGAUAAAGAGGAGAAACUACAAUUGGCAGAGAUUCUGUAUAAUAUAUGCAAACCAUUUGAGAUUAAAAGUAUUGAGGAAAUUGUUAAUUAUAGUACUUAUCAUAUAAGUAGUUUAAUUGAAGAUAAAGAUGAUGAAAGGUUGAAAAAGAAAAGGAGAAAGGAAGAUACUACAAAGGAUGGCAAGAAUAAUGAUAUUACAAAGAAAUGUAUUAUAUCUAUUGAUGAUAUUGGUAAUUCGGAUAAGAAUUUAUUAAGUUUAAAAAAUAUUAUCAAUAGUAAUGGAGACUAUGUAUUAACAGAUUCAUUCAAAAGAAUGCUUACUUUGGUCAAUGAUUGCAUUGUAUUUAAUGAGCCUGUAAUAUUAGUAGGAUCAACAGGUUGUGGUAAAACAAGCAUUUUCCAGUUAUUAUCUACUCUAUAUAAAAAACAACUUUAUAUAGUUAAUUGCCAUCAACAAAUAGAAGCAUCUGAUAUGUUGGGAUCACUUAGACCCAUUAGAAGUAAAAUCAUGAGAUUAAACCAGGAAUUGAAUAAUUUUAAAAUUGAGUUAUUGCGAAUAAAUGAUAGAAUUAUCAGUAAUACUAACUAUAUUCAACAAGAAUUUGGUAAUUCAAUCAGUGUUAUAUUAUGUAAAAUUGAUAAUUUAAAUAGAUUAUUAGAUGAAUCAGGAACAAGUAAUUCAGAACACAAGAUUCAAUAUAGUGAGAAAAAGCAAAAAAUUCAUUGUGAAAUUUCUUCUAUCACAAUCAUGAUAGAAUCUAUUUUGGAAAAGGUUCAAAAUUGUGAUUUUCCUGAAAUUCUUUUAUUACUUGAUAAUAUGCUUAAUGAGCUGAGAUUGUACGAAAGUGGUGAAUCACAAAAGGAACAGGCACUUUUUGAGUGGCAAGAUGGACCAAUAAUUAAAGCAAUGAAAACUGGAAGUUUUUUACUAUUGGAUGAGAUUAAUCUUUGUGAUGACUCUGUAAUAGAAAGAUUGAACUCUUUAUUGGAAGAUCAUUAUAUCAAAUCUGAAUUUGGGUUAUCUUACAAAUCUAGAGUUAUUUAUUUAACAGAAAAAGGUGGAGUAGAAACUCUUAAUGGGAAUGAUGAUUAUGUAAUUUAUUCACAUAAAGAUUUUCGGAUAUUUGCUACAAUGAAUCCAAGUGGAGAUUAUGGUAAGAGAGAAUUAUCCCCAGCUCUUAGAAACAGAUUCAAUGAAAUUUUUGUUCCAUCAUUAUCAAUGUAUCAGCUUAGGGAUGAUAUUGAGUUUUUGAUUUUGAGAAAUGUAAAUAAAUUAUCAGAAGGAGAAGUUUCUUUAACAAAUAAAAAGAUGUUAUCAAAAUGUAUUAUAAUGUUUUCAAUUUUAUAUGAGAAUGAUAUAAAGAAUGAUCAGAUUCUUAAGAUUAAAACUUCAAUCCUAGAUCAAGAAGUUAGUAAUUAUUUUAAUUUAAUGAUAGAAAAUGGUAGUAUUCAACUAUUCAAAGAAGAGAAUAAUCAUUUUAUAAGUUUUGGAGGUGAAUCAGGAAAUAGCUCAGAUGUUAAAGAGUACACAAUAAGAGAUAUCAUAUCAUGGUGUCAAUUUAUAUGUAAUAAUUUCCAAGAAAUUUCCAAUUUUUAUAACUCCAAUAAGGAUAAUGUCAUUGAUUAUAUAAUUAAAAAUGGAAAUAUAAAAGAAUUGAUUAAUUUGAAAGAUAAUUGUGGUAUUGAUAAUAACUACUCAAUAGAGAGUAUGAUUUUAGUCACAUUGGUUUUGGGAGAGCUUUUUAUUCAAGGAGCUAGUAUGUUGAUUUUAGAUGGAAUAGAUUGUCAGAAUAUACAAGAUAAUGAAGAAGAAGGGUUUAACUUAUAUUUAAUUUACAUGGAAAGAUUGAUUGAAAUUUUUUACACGUAUCUGAUAAUUCCAAGUUUUAAAGAAAAUAAUAUUGAAAUUAGCAAAAUUAUUAAAGAUAUUAUGAUUUUUAGAUUUCUAAGUGAUCAUGGAAAUAAUUGGAUUAAAGUUGGAGGUGGAAGAGUUUUUAAAAAAGAAUCAAAGAAAGACCAGAAUGAGUUUUCAAGUGAGAAUCAAAACAAAUAUUUGGUAAUAACUCAAGAUUACAUAGAACUUGGUCCAUUUAAAGUUAAGAGAAAAAAAGACUCAAACGAAGACGAAGAAAUAAAUUGCAAUGUCAAUAUGGAUAUUGAGAAAGUUAUGAAAAAGUUCACUUUUGAUUCAAAGACUACUUUGAGAAAUCUUUCAAGUAUUAUUCGUUCAAUGAGUAUUAUGAAACCAAUAUUAUUAGAAGGAGCUCCUGGAAUUGGGAAAACUGCAAUUAUACUUAACUUAUCCAGGUUAGUUGGAGUUAAACUUCAUAGAAUUAAUAUGAGUGAGCAAACAGACUUUUCGGACUUAUUUGGAUGUGAGGUACCAAAUAAUGAGUCUAGAGACCAAAAUCAGAACAAAUAUCAAGAUCAAAGUAAUAAUUCUAAAAACCAAAAACAAGAAGGGAGAUUAAUUAAUUGGAUAGAUGGAAUAUUACUUUAUGCGAUGAAAAAUGGAGACUGGGUAAUUUUAGAUGAGUUAAAUUUGGCAACACAACAAAUAUUAGAAGGUUUAAAUAGUGUUAUGGAUCACAGAAGAAAUAUAUAUAUACCAGAAAUUGGUCAGACAAUUCUUUGUCAUGAGAAUUUCAGAAUAUUUGCCACUCAAAAUCCUGUUAAAAUGGGAAGUAGUGGGAGAAAAGGAUUACCUCAAAGUUUUUUAAAUCGUUUUGUUAGAAUUAAUGUUGGAAAGUUGAAUUACGAAGAUUAUUUGGUUAUUUGUAAAUCUCUUUUUCUAAAUGAUAGUAAUAAUUUAACUGAUGACAUAAUUAAUUUGUGUAUUGAAAUAACACAAGAAAUUGAGCUAUUUAAUACGAAUAUCAGAACUUUAAAGGACGGAAGUAUAUGGGAAUGGAACUUGAGAGAUAUUAUAAGGUUAUUAAGAUUUGUCAAAUUGAAUUUAGCAAGAAAUCUGAAUCUGAAAGAUGAAAAUAACAAGAUUAGAAAUAUACUUGUAUUUAAUUCAAUAUAUUGUUCUUUUGAGACAGUAUAUUUAUCCAGAUUAAGAACAAGAGAAGAUUAUUAUGAUAUUAAAAGCAUAAUUGAUAGAAGAUUAAAAGAAAAGAUGGGAGAAUAUGAGAAAGAAAAGUCUCAAAUUUUAGGUAUAGCUAAUAAUAUCAUUGAUCAAAGUAUUCUAGAUUAUAUUAAUAAUGGUGAUGGUAGUUUUAAAAAGAUGAUUAUUUUUCAAGAUUACUUGAAAUCUUAUAUACUUAAUGAUGGUAUUAAAUUAAUUUAUAAGGAUAGUUAUGGUUUAUCAGAUCAUUUCAAGGAUUUAGAUUUGAAUAUAUUACCAAUCAAUUCAAAAAAGAGGAUAAUUUCAAUUAUAGAUUGCAUAUUACUAGGAGAAAAUAUAAUUCUAACUUGUAAUAAUGGUGCUCAAAUAGAAGAAGUAAUUUCAUCUAUAGAAAAUAUCUCCAAGAAUUACUUUCAGAAUAUAAGAGUAAAUAAAGUGAAUAUAUUACCUUCUAUAGAUGCAAAUGAUUUAAUUGGAGGUUAUCAGCAAUAUAAUGAGGAGAAUAUUAUAAAUGAGAUAUUGGAUUUGGUUUCAAGUUUAAGAGUAAUAGAUUUCGAUAUUUCUAAUUAUGAAUUAGGGUUAAUUAAUAAAGAUUUAAUUGAAGAUAAUCAGAGUAAUAAUAUGAAUAAAAAGCUUUUAAACAGGUUAAAUUUGGCAAAGUUGAAUAACAUGUUAAAUAAAGGAAACGAGAACUUUGUUUUGGAAUUGAGAAAUUAUUUGAAUUUUUUUAAAGAUAUUAAGACAAAAAUAACUCCUAUUGGUAUCUUGGAAGAGAUUGAAAGCAAAUUAAAUGCUUUUGAGUUAACCAAAAAUAAGAGUAAAAUUGAGAUAUAUGAAGGUCCAAAAUUCAAUUUCACAUUUUCAGCUUUGAUUAACUCAAUAAAGAAUGGAGAUUGGUUAAUUAUCACUAAUAUUCAAAAUUGUUCAUCAGCUCUGUUGGAUAGAUUAAACUCCUUAUUAGAAGAUAAAGAAAAUGAUUUAUUUAUCAUAGAAUCUGGAAUACCUCAAUAUGUUAAAAGGCAUGAGAAUUUCCGUCUUUUUUUUGUAAACGACUAUAAUAUUCAAAAUAAAUACAUAAGUAAUGCUUUAAUCAAUCGUUGUAUUGAGAUAUUUGUAGAUGAUGAUGAACACCAUCAUCAUUAUAAAAAGCAUGAAAGCAAUUUGAAAGAAUAUGAGGAAAUGGAUUCUAUGGAAGUGGAGUCUAUUAAGAAGGAAUUUAAUGAUUUAAAACAAGAUCAAAUCCAUUUGAAAGAAAUUCUGAAACAAGUUUUAUUUGGAACCAAAUUUACUGAGCCUUUAGAGGAGAAACAGAUUGAUUUAUUGUCUAAAUCUCAAAGUCAAGUCAUAGAGAUAGAUGAUGGAAUUCAAAAAGUGAUUAAACAGAAACUACUUAUCAGUUUAUUUGGCUGUAAGAAAUGUAUUGAAGAGUUAAUAGUAACUAUAGUUGAGAGAAACAAAAGUUAUAAUCGUCAAGUACUAGAUUUUGUUAAAAUUCACAAUGUUAAUCACUUUAUGAAUAAUAAUACCAGUUAUUUGGAUUUUUGUUCAAAUUUCGCAAUAUAUUUGGCUGCCAUCAUUAUUUAUGGUAUAAAUAAUUACAUUCUAGAAAAAGUGAUUAAAAUAAAUAAAAAGCUAAAAAAUAAUGAAAAAUCCUUGUAUUCACAUUCUGAUAGUUUAUGUAUUCUUAAUAAAGAGGAAUUUCAAAUUAUCACAAAAAACUUUACUAAAGAACAAAUACAAAUUAUGGAAACUGUGGGAUGUGUCAGAUUUUUCAUUAAUUGGAUGAGAAAUUUACUAUUUUCAGUACUAAAUAGACCAAGGAAAUUGAAAAGAAUGACAAAAAGUUAUGUAUUUUCUGUUAUAGAAGAUUCUCUGGUAAUGUCAUUUAAGCAAUUAGGAUUCAUUCAAAUUCUGGAUACUAUUGAAGAUGAACAUGAAAAUCUCCUUAAUGAUCACUUUGCCAAUUUUUACUUAUUAAUCUUAAAAAUGAUAGAAAAUUCGAUAUUUGGUCAAGAAAAGCAAAAUUUAACUUUAAAUAAUUCCAUUUUUUAUAAUUUUUACAAAUUAAAUAUUUCAAAGAUGAUUCCAACACAAUUAAAUCCGGUAUUUAAAGAAAUUGUAAUUAAAAGAUAUGAUCAUAUUCAUGAAAAUUAUAGGGAUUUGGUUGGAAUUAUUCUAAGAAAACCAAAUAUAGAAAAAUCUGAAUAUUGGAUGGAUUUAAUACACAUUCAUUAUUUUUUUGUUAUUCAUUUCAGAGAUAUAUUAAAUAGUGAAAAUAUAUAUGGAAAUAUAUUAUAUUUGAAAGUUUUAUUAAAGGAAAUCACCAAAAUGGAUGACUAUAUUAAUUACCAUAAUAUUAAAGUUAAAGUUUUAUACAUCAAAUCAAUUCUAAUGGUAGUUUUAAGAUUAUUUGGUAUUGAUCUUAAAAAAAAUCAAUAUUUUGAUUACUCAGAUAAACUAAAUCACAAUGAAAUUAUUCUAAUAGAAGAAUUAAGAAAAUAUAUUCCUAUAAGUGAUUUUCAAAUAUUAACAAGUAUUUUAAGUUUGGUUUUUAGCCCAUUAAUGAGAAUUCAAGAGAAAGAUUUAGAAGAAAAUGUAUUAAAGUAUACUAAUAAAUUCUCAUUUACCAUUAAUAAUAUUAUUUUGAAUUCUGGUAUGAAUGAUCAAAAAGACUUUAAGAAUUUAAUCAAACAAUAUAUUUAUGAUAAAAGAAAUAGUCAAAAUAUACAAAACUCUCAAACAAAAAAUGUCAAUGAAUUAACAGGAGGAUAUAUUCAAAAUUAUUAUGCUUUAAACUUUCAAGACAGAGAAUCAUUAACUGGUUUGUUGAAUAUUUCUGAGUAUUAUAAUAUUAGAAAAACAAAAAAAUGGAUUUUGGAAUAUUUAAUAAAAGUUCUAACAAGCAAUCAAGAAAUAAAUAAGAAUAAAGUUUUGGAUUUAUUACAACUGUUUGAGUUACUUGAAAAUAAUAUUUUGACAUUGGAUUUUGAAAAAGAAGAUUACAAUGAUAAUAAUGAUGAUGAUGGUAAUAAUAACAAUCAUAUUAAUAAUAAUAAUAAUAAUAUUAACAAUAGUAAUAAUAUUACUAGUAAUAAUAAUAACACUAAUAGUAAUAGCAAUAAUGAAAAUAACAAUACUCAAGGAAGAUUAACAUCUAAUGAACUAAUUCGAAUUUUUGAUACCAGAAUCAAGAAUGGAGUUUUCAAUAAUAUUUUAAAAUUAAUAAAAAUAAAAUUAAAGGAUGAAAACAUUAUUAAGGAUGAUCAUAACAAUAUUAUCAAAAUUAUACCGAAAGGUAAAACAUACUUGGAGACAAUUUAUGGAUCUGAGAUAUCUUUCUUGGGAGAUGGGGUAAUUAUUAAUAAAGAAAACUUUAUCAUACAAAAAUCUUUAAGAGAUCAUUCUUCUAAUAUAGUCAAUUUCAUGAUCAAUAAAAAGAUUGAUGUCAAUAAUAUUCUUCAAUACUUUACUCAAGCCCAGUUAUGUAAUCUAGAAUUUUUAGAUUCAUUUUUUUACAUUUCAAGUGAUAAAAAUGAAUUAUGGAGACAAUUAAUUAAUCAAAUUGAAAAUUUUAGAAAAAAUCUUUAUCAAGGAAUAAUUUGCAAUAUUUCAUCAGAAUUAAAAAAUCAACAAAAUAAACAACCUGAGGUUAUGAUACUAUCAAAUACAUUUUUUGAAUAUUAUUUGAUGAAACAAUAUGUGAGAUCUCAAUUUGAAUCAAGUUUGAGAAAAGGAAAAAUAGAAAGGGAGAAUUUGAUAGAAUAUUUAAAUUAUUUAAAAGAAUUAAUACUAAAUUCAAAUUCUCAAUUUAACUCUUAUUUAAUUAAUAUAAUGAUACAAGUAAUAAAAUUGCUUUCAAUUCAUGAUUCUUAUACUCUUUAUUUGGAUUAUUUAAAGAGGAAAAAAUUUAAUGGUAAUAAUUUCACUAUUCAAAAUAAAAAAGAUAUUGAAAUUUUGGAAAAUAUUAAAAAAAAUCAUAUAAUGUCUAGUUUAUUAGAUUUGGAUAUUUUUUAUGAUUUUGAAAUUGAAGAUUUAUUUGAUUUGGAAAAUGAGAUUUUACAAGAGAAUUUAUUGGUUGAUAUAAUUAAAGAGUCUUUUGUAAUGCUAAUUAAACCAAAUGAAAAGAAUACAAAUAUUCAAGAACAAUCUCAAGUUAAUUUAGGAAAAAAUUAUGAACAUAUUUUAAAACUUGUUAUGAAAUUUGACACUGGAAUUAUUAAACUUUUAUUUUUAAAUUGUAUCUAUCACAAAUUAUUUAAUUUCAAAUUUGAACAAAUACUUAAUUUAAAAAGUGAUUAUCUUUCAUUAUUUUAUUACUUAAAUAACCAAGAAAUUAUUUCAAAAGAAUAUUAUGGAAAUCAAAAUAAUCAUUAUUAUUUAAAAAGUAAAGAUUAUUAUAUUAAAAGAAUUACUGGUUAUUUGAUUAAAAUCAUUUUUGAUUUUUUAAAUUUCAUUAAUAUUAAAGAUUCAAGAAUUGAAAAUAUUAAUUUGGAUAAUUUAGUGGAUAUUAUUUUUUCUAAUAUUAAUGGUAAUAUAAAUAAUUAUGAAAAUAAAGAUUCUCAUAAAGAAGAAAUUAUUUUAAAUAUCCAAAUAAUAACUCAAAGUAUUAAUUCUGUUAGAAUUGAAAAUUUACAUUCAGAAAAUUUAUUAAAAAUACUUGAAAAAUAUUUUGGGUUUAUUUAUAUAUUGAUUACAUUUGAAAAUAAAAAAAAUCAAAGUUGUUAUAAUAAUUAUAAGAAUAUUUCAGAAUUUGAAAUACUAACAAAAACUUGUUUAGUGGUAAUUAAUCUUCCUAUAUAUUAUCAUUGUAGGAAUCUAUUUUAUAUAGAUGAGAACAAUGUUUAUAAUGAAUACAAAGAACAAAUUUUAAAAAAUAAACAAAACAUGGAUUAUAGGGUUAAAAAUCAAUAUUUAAGUUAUUUCCAUCAUUUUUAUUAUUUAAAAGAAGAAAAAUCUGGUAAUAUAAAUUAUAUAGAAAAGCAUCAAGUAAUUAGAAAGCUUAAUGAGAAUUUGGAUGAUAAAAAAGAAUUUGUUUUACUUAAAAUUAAGGAAAUAAUUACAGAAAUUCUAGAAAAUGAUUUGAUUAAAGAAUUUAUGGAUAAAAAUAAUGAAGAAAAAAUAUCAGUAAAUAAUAUUGGUAGAUUAGAAAAUUUGGUAAUUAUGGUUCAGAAUAUAUUAAGUAAGAAUAACUUUGAAUUAUUUCAAGGAGAUUUGAAAUACUUAUAUAAUGAUAUAUUUGGUUUUACUCUAUUCAAUAAAAAUAAUAAUGUCUCAAUAACUAAGUUAUUAAGAAAUCCAGAAAAACAAAAUAAUAAAAGUUUAGAUAUAAUUUUGGAUACUUAUGAAUAUGAAAAUGAUUUGGGUUUAUUGCCAAUAUUAAUAAAAGAUGAUAUCACAAUGAUAGAAUUAUGGAAAUCUUUAUUAGAAGUUGGUAAGUAUAUUCACGAAUAUAAUACUGAAUUUUUGUCUUUAUAUAAUAAGUAUUAUCAAGACUUUGAGUAUAAUGUCCAAAAAACUCAUGAAAAGUUAACUGGGAGCAAAAAUCAUAAUCAAGAAGAUAUAGAAGAUUUAAGUGAAGAUGAGAAAAAUUUGAAUAAUUUUAUUAGUGAAAAUCAUCUAAUUUAUAAAAAUGACAAUAUUGAUAAGUUUAUUGAGAAAAAUCAUAUAUUAAAUGAGUUUGAUUUAAUGAAUGAAUUGAUUAGCCAAUCUAAUAAAGUUUCAACUACAGGAUUAGUAUCUGGAUCAGAAACAGAAACAGAAUUUGGAACCAAGUACAACAAUAUUAAGUAUAUAUGUUUGAAAAUUUUAGAAAUUAUUAUAUUAAGAUAUGGAUAUAAUCAAAGUUUCAAACAAGAAAAAGUUAGACAAACCAAUGGAAUUAUAAGUAAUGAUUAUAAUGAUCAAAUGAAAAGGUAUAUAUAUUAUAAUAUGACUUAUAAUGAUAUCAAAAAAAUUAACUCUCAAAAUGAAGAUGAUAAUUGUAUUUCAUUCACUAAUGAAAAAGCAAGUAAUAAUAUAAUUUGGAAAUUUAUUAUCUUACAUUUAAAUAAUCAUAAGAUUUUUUCUCAAGCUUCUGGAUUAGACUCUGGAAACUACUAUCAGCAUAUUAAAAUUCAUAUUGAAAAUGAAAUAUUUAAUAUGAUGAUUAAUAGUGAAGAAAAAGCAUUUUUUAAUAAUAUUACAGCAUCAAAUGUAAAAAGUAUAUUGAAAAAUACUGAAUUAUCUAUUAUGGUGGAUUUGGUUGAAAGGAUUCAAUUAAUGGAAAGAUUAAAAAAAAUAUUGAAUCAAGCUCAAGAACUUUUAUUGGAAUAUCAUGAUCAACCAAUAUUGGUUAUGAUUAAAGAUAUUGUUGAAAAAAUGAUUUUUAUGAAUAUUCAAAAACUUAACAUUAUUACUUUAAUAUGUUAUUUGGAUAUCUUAUUAAUGAGAUUACUUAAAUGGCAAGAAUAUAUUAAAGAAGGAUUAAAUUUAAAUAUUGAAAUCAACAAUUCAAUUUUAGGAGAAAAUAUUGAUUUUAUUAAAUAUUCAAUUUAUGAACUAAGAAAAUUACAAAUUAAUUCAUGGUUUAAUUUAGUAUUUAAGAUAUACCAAAAAUAUAAUUAUAUGGCAUCAUUUUCAUUUGGUAAUAUAUUAAUAAUCAUAUCAAAAAUAAUGGUUGAAUAUGAGGAAUUUAAUCAUAAUUUAAUAUAUCAUGAAAUUUUUGAUUAUUUAAAGAAUUCUACAAGAGGAGAAUAUCCUAUUCGAUUUUUAUUUUUGAGAUAUAUUUCAGAUUUGAUUAUUAAUAUUUUAGAUUAUCCAAAAAUAUCUUCUAUUGAUUAUUUUAAUUUGAAAAAUAAUCAAAUUAUAAAGUUAACAAAACUCAGUAAAAUUUUAAUAUCUAUAUUAAAUUAUGGUGGAAUUAUUUAUAAAGAAAUUUUGAAAGAUAAUCAAAAAUUAUUACAAGAUAUUAAGAUUGAAAUUAGAGAUAUUAUUAAAUUAUCAAUGUGGGAGGUUAAAGAUUUUAAUAAAAUUAAAAAGAAUAUUUUAAGUAUUCAAAAACAAUUAAAAAAAAGUCUUUUAAAAUUUGAUGAAAAAUAUAUGAUUAAGGUUAAUUUAUUAAUUAAUAAUCAUCAUAAUAUUGAUACAAAAAUGACUGGAAUGAUUAAUAUAUUACCAAAAUUAAGUGAUUUUAUAACAAAUUGUGAGUUAAAAGGUCAAGAAGGAAUUAGUUAUAUAAUCAAAAUAUUAUCAGAUAAUAAUAAUGAUGACAAGAUGUUGAAACAAAGAUAUUAUAAGACUUUAAUAGAUAUGGAUACUUAUGAUUUAGAAAAAUUGAUUAAUAUUAAUAAUUUUAAUGAUUUUUAUUAUAUCAAUUUGGAUAAUUAUAUAAAUAAUCAACAAGAUUAUAUUAAGAUUGGAAAUAAAUAUUCAGAUGAUAAUAAUGAUAUAAUAAGUCUUUGUUUUUUAAUAUUGGAUCAAUUAAGAUUUAAUGAGAAUAAUAAAUAUAAUAUGCAAUAUAUAAGCCAGUCUUUAAUUAAUUAUAAUAAAUUACUUUCAAUUGGUAAUACAUUAUUAAAUAAUUUAAUUAAUUAUUAUCAAGAAUUUAAUAAUGAGUUCAAUUUUAAGUUUUUAAUAUAUAAUUACCUAUUAAGUAUUAACAAAUUGGAUAAUUAUUUAAAUUAUGGAAAUAAUUUGAGUGAAUUAAUGGAUUUUAAAUUUUGUAUUAUUAAUGAAAUUGAGAGUGAGAAAUAUAUUCAAAAUAAUAAAAUAACCUUAAAAGAGUAUUUGAAUUAUUUAAUAAAAAUUUUAAAUCAUCUUGAAAGAAUUAUAAUGUUACUUUCUUCUCCAUCUUUAACAUUAAAUAAUAAUUUUGGUAUUAUGAGUAACAAAAAGAUUCAAUUUUUAUUAAAAGACAAGUUGAAACAUGAUAAAUAUAAUCAUCAAAUUAUAUCAUUUAUAUUGGAUAAAAUUAUUAACAAAGGUUUAUUAAGAAUGAUUUCUGGAUUAAAAAAUAUGUUUUAUAUUUCAGGAUUAGUCAAUUAUUAUAUUAAAAAAGAAGAUAAAUGUAUAAUAAUGAAUUGGGAAUUAAUGAAUGGAAUUGAGGAAUUUAAUAAAUGGAUUAAAAUAGAAAUAGAAGAAUUAAUUAAUAUAAUUAAUUUGAAUUUUAUUAAUCUUGGAAUAUUUGAAUUGGAUAUUAUUCAGAAUUAUAUUAAUAAAUUAGAUAUUAAUUAUUUGGACUUUAUUGUUGAUAAUAAUUUAAUAAAAGAAUUAGAAUUAAAUGAUUUAUUAUGUUUAAAUGAUUUGAUGAAUAUAAUUAAACAAGAAAUUCAAAAAGAAGAUAAUAUUUUGAUUAAGAUAUUUAAAAUGAAUAAUGAUAUAAAUAUAAGAUUAGAUAAAAUGAAGUCAAAAUUUGUAUUAGAAUAUGAUUCAAAAUUUGAGAAUUUGAAAAGUUUAUCUGGAGUAACUUUGGAGUAUAUUCAAGCUUUAUAUUUACUUUUGGAGAACAAUUUCUUUAACUUAUGUGAAAAGAAAGAAGAUAAAGAAGAUGAAAUAGAUAAUAAGGGAGGUGAAAGCAAUUCAAACAUAGACUGGAAAUCAGGAUGUGGUUUUGGAAAUAAGGAUAAUGAUGACUAUCAAAGUAAGGAUAUUUCAAAUGAGUUAAAUAAUGAUGAUUCACUUUUGGAAGGAUUAAAAGGUGAUGAUGAGAAUGAAAUAAAAGAUGAUAUGGAAAAUAAGAAUAAGAAUGAAAGGAAGAAAAAUGAUGCAAUCGAUACUGAAUUGGAUUUGAAUUCAAAAUUAGAAGAUUUGGAUGAAGAAGAUGAAGAAGGCGAGAAUAAUGAUCAAAAUCAGAAAGAUAAUAAUGAGUAUGAGAAUAAUGAAAAAGAGGAACCUGAGAAAAUAUUUGAUAAAGUUGAUCUCGAGAAAAAAAAUUCAAAGAUUGAAGAUGUUAAAAAUGAUGAUGAAGAAAACCAAGAAGAGGAUGAUAAUAAUAGAAAUGAAGUUGAAGAUGAAAGAAAGAAGGAGAAUAUUGAAACAAAAAAUUUGAAUGAAGAGGAAAGCAAUAAUAAGAAUAAAGAAAAAGAUAUUGUUGCAAAAUUAGGUAAAGGUGAAGAAGAAAAUGAAGGAGAUAAUAAUAAAGAUGAAAAUAAUGAGAAGAAGAAUGGUAUGGAAAAUAUGGAUGAAGAGAGUGAGAAAGAGGAUAUUAAUAGUAUGGACAGUGACUUGGAUGAAUUAUUUGAAUAUGAUGCGAAAAAUAUUAAUCCAUAUACUAACGAGGAAGAGGAGAAUAAAGAGGAGAACGAAAAUAAUGAGAACAACUUUGGAGAUGAAAAAGAGAAUAAAGAUGAUGAUAUUGAUAUUGAUAUGGAUGAUAAUAUAUCAAUAUCUGAUAUAGAAGGAGAGGGUUUAGUUGAACAAGAGAAUGGAGAAUUUGAGGAGGAUGAUAAUGAUUUUGAUAAUUAUGGAGAUAGAAUAGGAGAAGAUGAAAAUAGUGAAGAAGAUGAUGAUAAUGAAAUGAAGGUAGAUAGAUAUCAAAGCUUAGGCCAGAACGGUAUGGAUGAAGAUAUGAAAGAAGAAGACUAUAAGGAUCAGGAUGAGAAGGGAGGAGAUGAUUUAGAUUCAAAAAACAAUUUAAAUAAGAAAAAAGGUAAAAAAGGGUUAACAGCUUCUGAAGAGGAUUUAAAAGCUGAGGAUAAAGAAGAGAGGGAAGAUAGACAAAAUUUGGAAAAUAUUAAAAAUGAGGAUAAAGAAGAUCUUAAGAUAGAUGAAAAUAAUGGAGACAAGAAUUGUAAUGAAAAGGAUAAUGGAGAUAAUAUUGAAAAUGAAUUUGGAUCAAAACAAGAGGAUGAGAAUAAUAAAAAGGGUGAAAAUAAUGGAAAGGAUGAGAGUGAUAAAAAAGAGGAGUUAAUGAAUCCAUUAUUAGAGGAAAAUAGUGAAAUUAACAAAGAUUGGUAUAGUAGUUUAAAAGAUUUAAUUAUUAAAGAUGAAGAAAAUGAGGAUGAUAUUGGAGAAUUUGAUCCAAAUGAUAAUAAUUCAAAUUUCAAGAUAGAUAAGGACAAUAAUAGUAAAAGUAAUAUAAUUCAGAAUUUACCAUCUUUUGGAAAUAAUGGAUCUAAUAAAAUGGAUAUUGGAGAGGAUAAAGAAAGACAAGAACAGAAGAAUUUAGAGAGUGAGAUAAUAAAACAGGAGAAUGCAAAUAUUGAAAAGUUUGAGGAUAAUAUUGAAAAUAGUAAUAAAAAAGAUCAUAGUUCAGAACAUUAUAAUAGUGAUAACAAUAUAAUGAUGAGAAAUAAAAUCAAAAAAGAAGAAGAGUUUAGAGAUUUAUCAGAAAAAAAUGAUGUUAAGAUAGAUGAUAAUGAUAUUCAGGAUACUAAUAAUGAAGAUAGUUUCUAUAACAAAAAUAGUGAUAAAUCUAGUGUAUUUAAUUGCAAAGAAUACAAUAAUACAGAAAUAGAAAUGAAAGGAAAUAAUUUAAUGUACGAAGAAAAGAAUAAUAAAGAGGAUGAGAAGGAGGAGGAGGAGGAGGAGGAGGAGGAGGAGGAGAAGGAGGAGAAGGAGGAGGAGAAGGAGGAAAAUUCUUCUAAAGCAAAGAAAGUUACUAAUUUAUCAUCACAAAGUAUGGAAAUGUGGAACCGAAUCCAGAGUGAGAUAUCUCCUAUUGUAAAUUUAUUGUCAAACCAAUUAAGAAUAAUAUUAGAACCAACAAUUAGAGGGAAAAUGGAGGGAGGAUUUAAAACUGGAAAGAAGUUAUCUAUGAAAAAAGUAAUAACUUACAUUGCAUCAGACUAUAGAAAAGAUAAAAUUUGGCUAAGAAGGUCAAAACCCAGUAAAAGAGAAUUUAAUAUAUUAAUGUGUAUAGAUAACUCACAAAGUAUGAGUAUAUCAAAUAAUGAGUAUAUGGCAUUACAAUCAUUAUUUAUUAUAAUACAAUCAUUACAAAAGGUAGAAGUAGGUAACUUUGGAGUUUGUUCAUUUACUGGAGAGAAUAUUAAACAAUUAAUAGAAAUGACAGGCCAAAUUAAUAAUAAUGAUGCAAUAAAUAUGUUAAAUCAUUUCAAUUUUUCAGAAGAGACUUUGGAUUCACACCAAAAUAGUAUUCCUAAUAUACUUAAAUAUUCAACAAAUCUACUAAAAGAGUUUAGUAACACAAGUAGUAAUAGUAAGCAAUGCCACCAACUAAUUAUAAUUAUUACGGAUGGAAGAUUUAAUAAAUCUAAAGUUAAUGUUUGGAUUAAUUAUGCAAUUCAAAAUAAUUGUAUUCCAGUUUUGAUCAUUAUCGAUAAUUACACAAAAAAUGAUGACGGUAAAGACAAUAAUAAAAAUAGUUCAAGUUCUAUUUUUAAUAUGAAAUCAGUGAAUAAGGACGAAAAUGGAAAGAUGAUUAUUACACCAUAUUUGGAGAACUUUCCGUUUCCUUAUUAUUCAGUUAUUCAAGAUCCAAAGAAGUUACCAAAUAUACUUUGUGAACUGAUUAAACAAUGGUUUGAGCUAAUAUGUAACUAG